CAACGACCGAGACGACAACGACGACACCAAGCUUGUGAUCCGGCCAAAUCAGUCAAAAUGGUCAACAUUCCAAAAACCCGCCGGACAUACUGCAAGUCCAAGCAAUGCAAGAAACACACCCAGCACAGAGUCACCCAAUACAAGGCUGGAAAGGCCUCCCUGUUCGCUCAGGGUAAGCGUCGUUACGACCGCAAGCAGAGCGGUUAUGGUGGUCAGACCAAGCCUGUGUUCAGAAAGAAGGCGAAGACCACCAAGAAAGUCGUUUUGCGAUUGGAGUGCACCGUGUGCAAGACGAAGGCACAGCUCGCUUUGAAGCGAUGCAAGCACUUCGAAUUGGGUGGUGAUAAGAAAACAAAGGGUGCUGCUCUCGUCUUCUAAGCCUUUCCUUCUUGAUAAAUCGAAAUUAUCAUGGUCAUGUCAUGUCGCUUUUCAUUUCCGUUUUAUUUCUUGUUUUCAAGGCAUGGCGGCGGAAGCUCUGUAAUUAGGGCAAAUGACUGGUUAUAGGAAUGGAAGUCAUGAGCAUCAUUUGAAACACAUCGGGGCCCUUCUUGUGUGUAUUGAUCUUGGGGACCACUACACAGGGUACAGCGAUGGGCGCUAUGACCUGUUCCGAUGGACAAAAUACGGAAACCCGGCAUCCUACCCCUGAUACGCUUUGUGUGAGAUGAUAUUGCUUGAGUGCGCGGAAAGGUCAUUAUCUACAUGAAUGCAGAGAGUACCCCAAUCCCUCCAUCUCUCCGCUACGGAGUAGUUUAUCCUCAGGAUUUCUGUCUUGCAGAAUAUCUACUUGAGGCCCAAAAGCAGAGUAAGCGAAGAAAUUUCGGCACUGGCUCUCUGUAAUUUUUCUUCAUACUCAUCUUGACUUUCGAAAAUUGCCCCACUUUAGCACUGAAAAAGCGACCUCGCCGUGCUCUUUUAUCCCAGCUUUGUGUAUGGAGUACUCGUCCGUUUAUGAAGGUCACAUCGAACUUGUCAUGAUCCUGCAGAAUACCGAUGUCCUCAAUCAGGUUUUCACCACCCAAAACCCCCCUUCCAAUAACUCAGUUAUUUCAAUGGCGACACCACAUGUGUUAGGCUUCAGGUUAGCGUUAGUUUUACUAAUAGUAGAUGACUUCACCUUCGUGCAGCGA